AUGCGCAGCAACCAGGGCGAAGAUCUGAAAUUAGCCGCUCUCUGUCAACUGACGAUCGACGAAGGCACCUGCAACAACAGGCAGACGAGCAUUCUCAAGGUGACCAAGAACAGUGGACAGAUGGAGGGCAGCAACAACCUGCAGUUGCUGUCCUCGAACGAAUGGAAACACACCAUCCUGAAAUCAAAUCAGCAAACAAAUAGUUUCGAAACUAAAUUUGGAGUAGUAAACAGAAAUAAAAAUGUUCAUUACUGUUUUUGGUGUUGCUAACU